GCCUGUGUGCGGGCGUAUGUGUGUGUGUGGGAAGUUACAGAGAGAACAAAGUAAAAUUUGAAAAGUUAAAGCUGCAGCUGCUGAGGGUAUAGCCAAAAUUGGACGAAUCACUGCCAUGGCCAAGGUUAUAUCGCAGGACACCUUCGACGAUGUGGUGAAGGAGAACGUUGUGGAGUUCUCGAUGACUCCCUCGGAGGCGAAGGAGGAGACCAUUAAGCAAUUCGAAGCACAGGGCAUUAACCUGGCCAACAUUAUCAAGGACCUGUCCGUUAAUCCGCAAACCGGCCAACCCGUCAUCAACGAAACGGUGGACAAGAUCAAGGAGCACAUUGGGCAAAAACUGAAGGAAACAACGGAACUGCUGGAACAGCUGGCCACCUUGGAUACUGAAUGCAAAAAGUCCUUAGCCCAUCGUGUUCUUGCCGGCAAAAAUGGAGCCCACGAUGCCCUGAUCACCCUGCUGGAGGAAACACUCUCUGCUGAUUCACCCAACGAAUCCGUGUUAAUUAAGUCCCUGGAGGCCGUCAACAGCCUGACCCACAAGCAGCCGGAUCUGUUUGAUGCCGAGGCCAUGGCCGUGGUUCUUAAGUUACUGGCCCUCAAAGUGGAGAACGAGGAAGUCACCCUGCUGACGCUGCAAUGGCUGCAGAAGGCCUGCAUCAUGCACGAGAUGAACCGCCAGAAUAUCAUGAAUACCACCGCCCUCAAACUCAUAAAGCCCCUUUUAGCCAAAGGAAAAGACCGCCUGGUGCGUGAGCUGACCGCCGUCUUUCGCUUCCUAGUGCUGGAUGAUGACAUUCGCGUGGAGUUUGGCUGCGCCCACGAGCACGCUCGCCAAAUAGCAGGCGAGGUUCUGAUCCCCUUGGUGGAACUUUUGCCCGCCUAUCAGGAUCCCAAUGUGCUGGCGGAUCUACUGCUGACCAUUGGAACACUGGCUGUGCGACAGGAACUCUGUACCGCUAUCGACGAGGCUGGGGGACUGAAGUCCGUCUUCGAGAUCAUGAGCUUGAAUGUGGACGAAGUGCGUCUGAAUAGAGAGGCCUUAAAGUUGCUACGUGCCCUGGCUGGACAUGACUCCGUAAAGUCACACAUAGUACAGCAGGGCGUCGCUCCUAUAAUAAAGCAAUUGCUGGAGACGCACCAGGCCAAUGAGAACAUCGUUGCUGCCGCUUUGGCCUGCGUGACUACGCUAACACUUCGGGUGCAGGAACACAGUGCCGCCUUUUUCGAUACCGGCAUUGCCGAAGUAAUUGUGGAAGCACUUCGCGCCCAUCCCAAGCACAAGAUCGUGCAGCGAAACGGAGCGUGGGCCAUCCGCAAUAUGGUGUCGCGGUCGCGAAACCAGUGUGAAACCUGGAUCUCCUUUGGCGUCGAGGAUCUGCUAAACAUGGCAAUGAAGGAGCACCCCAGUGUGGAGCAGGACAUCAAGGCAGCGUUGCGCGACCUCGGCUGUAGUGUCCACUUGCGCGAGGAGUGGACGGGCACGGCGGAGAAAAAAAUUGCUGCCUAAUCGCACAUACAUAUGCCUUUUGUAUUUUUAUAUAUUUACUGCUAACUUAUUACUACUGCUUAAUUCAUGCACUAACAAAAUCUGCAAUUCUCAAUACCAAUCGCACGCUA